GGUGGUGGUUUUACCGGGGGACCCGCCCACCGGCGGGCGUGGUCGGGACCGGCCGGGCGCCGUCCAAUCGGAGCCCGCCUUACUGGCAGGUGCCGGUCGCCAAGGAAGGGUGGCCCCGUCCAAAGGGCCACGGGGUGUGGGGGAGGGGGACGGUGCUCAUGGCGGCGGUGGCGGAUUCGGAGACAGGAGAGGUCGGAUGGGGCCUGCAGGCGGCGGCCGCUCAGCUCGGAGCCACGGAGGCGGCCCUCAGGCUCUUCAUCUCCAUCGUCAUGGGUUAUCCCUUUGCUCUGUUCCAUCGUCAGUUUCUAUACGGAUCGAAGCCUCACGUUAUCCACUUUUACAACACGGCCUUAGGGCUAUGGAUCGCGUACUUCAAUUUCGGUUUCCAGAUGUUUCAUUCCCUCAUCUGCGUGCUUUUCCAGUUCCUGGUCCUACGACUCAUAGGAAGAACAGUUAUAGCUGUCAUCAUCAGUCUCCUCUUCCAAAUGUCCCAGCUGAGCAAGGAGCAAGAGCAAUAUUGUGUACCAACCAAACUGUCCCUGCUGGAGGUGGCUGGCUUCGUUUAUUUCUAUGGAGCCUUCCUGGUGGGGCCGCAGUUCCCAGUCAGCAACUACCUGAGGCUGGCCACAGGGGAGAUGACCGACAGACCGGGCCACCCUCCCGACAG